AUGGAAAGCCAAGCAAACCAGGCGGACUGGGAAACAACAGACGUUCUCAUCUGCGGAUGCGGGCCCACGGGCGCAAUGUUGUCCGGGUAUUUGGGCAAGCUUGGGAUUAACAACAUUCUACUCGAGAAAGAAGCUGCCAUCACCACUGAUCCUCGCGGUAUCGCCCUUGACGAUGAUGGCAUUCGGCUACUGCAGGGUCUUGGCUUAUAUGAACAUGUUUUUACUGAGAUCGGUUCUUAUAUUGCCAAGGCCAAAUUUAUUAGCGGGACGCAUCAAAAUCUGCACGCGAAGCAUUUUCUGCAUUUCGAUAUGGCUUCGAGCGAAGGACAAACAGGGCAUGUGGGUAUCCUGGCUCACAAGCAGCCCAUUCUCGAGAAACAUCUCCGAUCUACUAUCGAGGAAGCCGAUAGCUGCGAAUUGCGGAGUAGCUGCACGUUAACUUCAAUCUCUGAAGACGAAAACUGGGUCUACGCAACAUAUGAUGACCCCCUGGGGAGAGAAAGGCGUAUUCGUGCGAAAUUCCUCGCUGCUGCGGAUGGUAAGACUGGAUUCACGCGCAAGAUGUAUUUAGAGCCGAAGGGGAUUCGACUCGAAUGGGCAGAGCAAACCAAGUAUGAAGAGACAUGGGUUGCACUAAAUUGGAAACUCCAUCUUCCAACAAAAGAAACCCACCCUUCAUUCCCACUAUGGAAUUUGGGAUACACACCUGAGCAAGUCUAUGACCUCUUCUUCCCCGUCGACUUUCGGUUCCUUUGCAACCCAGAUCGCCCAGCCGUAUGCGGCCGAUUUGGUCUUUCAGAAGAUCGUCUGUGGCGAUUUGAGUUCGUUAUCGCUGCCGAUGAGGAUGGCGUGGAGAUGGCAUCGGAGAAAAAAGUCCGCGAUGUUGUGUACCCGUAUUUGACGCAUUCGGGGAGUCGCUAUGGUUUGAAACAAGACGUGUCAUACCCAGAAGACUGUAUCGAGGUCCUGCGGUCACGGCCAUUUCGAUUCUCAGCUCGAAGUUGCAACAAAUGGAGUCUCAAUCGAGUGAUUCUCUGCGGCGAUGCAGCACACGUCUUUCCACCAUUUGGUGGACAAGGAAUUACAUCCGGAUUCCGAGAUGCAAUCUCACUAGCCUGGCGACUGGCAAUCGCAUGCAAACCCGGUUCCAAUCUCGACUACGAGCACCUGCUGACAGGCUGGUAUCUGGAACGAAAACAGCAGCUUGAUGCUUCACUCGCUAGUACUGUUCGAAAUGGUGACAUGGUGAAUGGGAAAAACUGGAGUCACAUUUUCUUCGCAAUUGGGGUCUUUGGUUUCUGCAAUUGGUUCCAAAUUGGAAGCACUGGCUUGAACGUGGGCCCCGAGGAGCCGGACCUACCCGGUACACGCAUACGUCCGAGAUGCCCUUUCUACCGGAAUUUGGUGGUGACUUACUGCAUGAGUCUGAGAGACGGCUCAGAAGUGCAAUUUACCGACGACGUGAUAUUCUUCGGCAAGAAGGGGAUUUUCCAGAUUGUGGUUCUACUGAAUACUCUCGAUGAAGUGGAAUCAGCUAUACAAGACAUGGAAGAGGUCAAGGCGGCCGAAGAUCUUAUUUCUCCAGCUGAAGCUACUUUCUUCGUGCCUCGGGUUGCUUGCGAGUCGGCGCCUGCGGGUCGGCUGGAUGCAGUGGUUGCCCGGCCGCUCUUCCGCACAGCGUCAAGCGACGAGUUUGCUCAUUCGACUCUUUGCAAUUCCCGACCAGAGCCGCGGGGAUAUAGUGAGUCUCUGAUUUGGGAUACUAUAGAAGUAAAGCGAUAUGUGGUACUCAGAUUGGAUCGUUUCGUUUUUGCUACUUGUAAUUCUAAGACCGAAUUGGAGCGGGUCUUGAGACAAUUGAGCACUUUGUUUUAG